AUGGUAUUCCUGGCAAACUUGGAGGGCGUAGGUCUCGUCUUCACGUACGGUCUCUUCGGCGUGCAACAUGAUAGCCUCACGACCGAAAAGAAGAAGAUAAUUUCGGACCUGUACACCCUACUCAGCAAAUCCGCCGGUAGGGUUGAUCACCUGCAAGAUGAAAGCCAUGGUGUCCCUAGGGACGGUCCCAGAUCGACUGUUUUCGUGGCAUACUGGCUCAAAUCCGCGGACUACGACAACUGGAAGGAAACACCCGAACUGAAACAGUUCUGGGACAAUUUGCCGGAUGACGCUGGUGUGUGGCGCGAAGUCAUGACCGUUCCCAAAUCCCGGUACAUGUUCGCAGCCAACCAGCACGAAACGUCUGGCCUGGCAACCAUGCUCGGACUCAAGCCGAGUUCCGACGAAGGAUACUGGGGUGUCUAUCGACAUCGUUUGAGUGAAAAUCCCGACGAACACACCGACUCAAGCGACACUUUUACAUCGCCGCUCGUGACUGUUGCAAGAGCAAAGCCAGACGCCGGUAAGCAAGUGGUUGAUCUCGCCAAAGCCUCUACAUCAAGCAAUAUCAGGCAUGGAAGGGUCAAGAUUACCAACAUCCCGGAUAAUCUGUGUUACUGUCGGGAAGGCCAGAGACAGCCCAACCUGCCGAAGGAGGAGCUCGAGACCUGGAAGGAGAAGCUGGCCCCGCAUGCUGUCGCUUGGAUGAACCACCUGGACACGGAGCGGAACAAGAACGGGGUAGUCUCCUUCACUUUCAACAUCGGCCACGAAAAGCCCAAGCCGACCUUUGACCCGGGCGUCGACUUGGAAGUGGACACGGACGCCGUGGCCGAGACGAAUCAGCUGAUGUAUUUCCUCGAUCUUGCUCACUUUGAGUUGGCCGGACGCUCGUUCAAGGAUCACGUCAAACUCCGGCAGACUACGUUCGAGGCGUAUGGGCCAGGCGGCAAGCAUAGCGAGAACGGCAAGCUCUCGAUCUGGGUUGAGCUGUGCGUUUUGAAGAAGGGCGAUCUGGAGGCCGAGUACAUUGGCUGUCGGGAGGGGACAGGGCUCAUGCUGUUUGAGAAGUUGUAG